UGAUGUAAUUCUAUCUUAAAAUAAUAUAAUAGUGUAGGACGAGGAGUUCGAAUUCCCGUCGGCCUGGAAGCUCUCUUCCUUUCUUCGUUGUCUUCGCUGAGAUCCAGGAAAGCAGCCACACGGCUUGGCGUUUGGGAUUAUCAGUUCAUUUCCUCUCGAUAUCUCGAAAAUGUCUUCGAUUACAUGCGAAAGGUUGACGUUAUUCACCAUAACUGGAGUCAUCAUUCAGAUUAUUGGGCUUUGUCUCUUCGUCUUCGGUUUCUUCCCCGUCAAGCCUGCUCUCUCCGGCGUUAGUGGUCCAGAGAGUUUUCAUUCUCCAUUUUUGGAUUCUAUUGAGAACCAAAACGAGACAGCCCUGCCUCCUGAACAACUGAAAUCGCUAUAUCAGGAAUUAUCGGGGAUCUUGCCUCCAUUUGAUCGUUUAGUUUUAAUGGUUAUUGAUGGUCUUCCAGCAGAAUUUGUCCUCGGCAAGGAUGGUCAGCCUCCAAAAGAGGCUUUCAGGGAUUCUAUGCCUUAUACUCAGUCACUAUUAGCAAAUGGAGUGGCAGUUGGAUACCAUGCAAAGGCAGCACCUCCAACUGUUACGAUGCCUCGCUUGAAGGCAAUGGUUUCUGGAGCUAUUGGGGGUUUCUUGGAUGUGGCUUUCAACUUUAACACACAAGCUCUGUUAGAUGAUAAUCUUCUUGACCAGUUCUUUAGGGUUGGUUGGCAGAUGGUGAUGCUUGGUGACGACACAUGGCUUAAAUUGUUCCCAGGAUUAUUCAAGAGGCAUGAUGGUGUUAACAGUUUCUAUGUUAAAGAUACUGUACAAGUAGAUCAAAAUGUUUCUCGACAUUUGGCUGAUGAACUUCUCAGAGAUGACUGGAAUCUUUUGAUUCUUCAUUAUCUAGGCUUGGACCAUGUUGGGCAUAUAGGUGGGCGGAACAGUAAUUUGAUGGCUCCAAAACUUAAAGAGAUGGAUGAAGUGGUGCGGAUGAUUCAUUUGCACGCAAUUCAGGCUCAUGAGGGUGAUAAAGGACAGAAAGGACAUACUCUAUUGAUGGUAGUCAGUGAUCAUGGCAUGACUGACAAUGGCAACCAUGGGGGAUCUUCAUAUGAAGAAACUGAUUCCUUAGUCCUUCUGAUUGGUUUGGAAAAUCUUGUAUCUGAUCAUUCAACAGCUACCGAUAAUGCAGUUUACCAGGUAGAUAUUGCGCCAACAUUAGCUCUUCUCUUUGGGGUGCCAAUCCCAAAAAACAACGUUGGUGUUCUUAUUUCUAAAACCCUUGAUUCCCUGAAAGAUGAGCAACAAUUGAGAGCAUUGGAAUUGAAUUCUUGGCAGUUGUUCAGAUUGCUGCAAGCACAAAUACCAGGUUUAUCAUAUGGAGAAUUCAAAUGCAGUGGCUUUACUGAUGGGCAAGACCACGUCGUUAGUACAUGCAAUGGAAGGAUGGAGGCACAGUUUUGUUGCUUAUAUAAGAGAGCUGCUUUUCUUCAUAGCUCCUGGAAAUCUAAGAAAUCCUCCAAGUCAAAUACCAAAGAAGAAUACAGCAGUGCUGUGGCUGCAUACUAUGAGUUUCUGAAAACUUCAAGCGAGUGGUUAUCACGGAAAACCACAGAUAAGCCAGUUCACCUGCUAGCUUUUGGAGUCGCCACAAUGUUCCUAUCAUGUUUGAUAUUGUUGAGCGAAAUACAUUGGCUACGGAGAGAAGUCUAUCUCCAUCAAAGGCAACAAGUUCCUAGUUUACAUGGUUUAGGCAGAAGCAAUUUGGAAGAGAGGUUUAUUUUGGGUGUAAUAUUCUUUCUUGUUAUAAGUAUGGGAUCAAGUUCGAUGGUUGAGGAAGAACAUUAUAUUUGGCAUUUUUUUAUCUUAACAUUUUUUCUGUUAUUGCUUCGUAAGACAUCAACACCACUUGUCUUUUUCAAAAGGCAAAAUGGAGGAACAGAUAUUUGGAUUUCUUCUGUCUUUGUGCUUCUUAUCUCUGGAAGAAUACUCAGAGGAUGGCAUCAAGGUGGUGUAAACUGGACUAAUCUUCCUGACAUCUCUAAAUGGCUUGAACAGUCUGGAAGUGGUCAUAUAAAAUUGAUUCAGCUGGUGUCAGUUUUUCUGGUGACUUGUUUAGGCUUGUUUCCUCUACUUUUAGUUGGAUCAAAGAGAUUUCUUAUUCAGGUGGUUGGAUUUAGCUUUUUGAUUUCCGGAUUUCUGGUUUUCCUGCAUGUCUUGAAAAAUCAAUAUGACAUGUUUGCAUCAUCUUAUUAUGAUUCUAACUUAUCGGUGCAAAUAGUGUACGCAUCUCUGGGGCUGGCCACAUUUGGGACUUUUGUAGUCUUCCCAUGGCUCAUUCCUUCCUCAAGUUCUAGGGAUUUCCCGGGUAACGUUUCAAUCUCUGUUGACAUUCAAAACAAUUUCCCGUGGGUGGAAUUAAGGAAUUCCUUGUAUGUGAUUGGGAGCGCAUACAUAUUAAGUUGGUGUCUUCUGCAGCUGGUGCUCCAACAACCAGUUAAUUCAGUUCCAAUUUUGUUGCUGCUUGUGCAGUUAUUAGCAAUCAUGCUUUGUUUUUCUCAUGGCAGGUUGCAUCUUGCAGAAUGGGUUGAGGUUGCCACGUUGUACUUUUUGGGAAUGGCAGGUCAUUUUGCUCUUGGAAACAGCAAUACCCUAGCUACUAUUGAUGUUGCUGCUGCUUUUAUUGGAAUCUCUAGUCAUUCAACAUUGCUUUCUGGCAUUUUAAUGUUCAUGAUCACCUAUGCAUCCCCUAUGUUAAUUCUUCUUAGCUUGGUGAUGUACGUCUCUGUGAAGGAUACGGGCUCUUUGCCAAUUCCUCAGUAUUCAGAUUCAGGAUUUCAUCUCAAAAUGAUGCUUGCCUUUCCUUGCUUGGUUCCACUAGGCAUAAAUUCAGUUGUACUGACUGCAUAUACACUGGUUUUGCUGUUAAUGAGGAACCAUUUAUUUGUUUGGAGUGUCUUUUCUCCCAAGUACCUAUAUGUCUGUGCAACAACUGUGUGCACCUAUAUAGGAGUAUGUGUUGUUGCUGCAACUGGAAUGUAUACGUAUCUGGUGCUGGCUAUACGAAGAAAAAGACAGGUAAAAUGUUUGCUUGGUGAAACUUGGAAAACUUCGAUAUCUUAAAAGAGGAAAAAAGGGCUUAAUUCAAGUUCGUAUUGCUCUAGGUCUACCUGAAAAGCUUAAUCUAGUGGCCGUCUAUCCGUGCUGCGCUCUAGUAGGGCAGUAGGACUCAAGUUUGAGCGUUACAAACUCCUCAGAGAGUCAAUAAAAGAUAUUACCCUUAAAUCUCACUAUAUAUUUCUUCACCAUGUAGAUAUCUGAUCUAAAUACGUUCCUAAACUUGAAAUAACAAGCCUCAAUCAAAAGAGAUUCCCUAGUCCAAGCUCAAAAAAGAUCUUCUUGCAAUGGAAACCUUAUAAUAACAUGUCUUGAAUUGAAUGACCUAAUAGGACCUUCUCUGUUCAUCAUCCAUCAGGCGCAGACACAGGGUCUCAUCUUAUGCAUAGAUCGGAUUGCCUGAGGAUUAACUUGGAUACUAAAAAAAAGGUGUCAUAGACCUACUGAUCUGUGAAUCUCAUCAUAAGCGAACCGCAAACCAGUCCUUCCUUGAUGAGAAAUGGGGCAUUUUACAAGAAGGGGCUACGUCGUACCUAAAUUACCGAAUGAUUAAUCAACAUAUUGUCGUUUCAUGAACCUGCACGAGUGAAACUUCCAUGCUUUAUAGUUUGUUGCUAACUUUUAUACUGUCUGGAGAUUUGAGGGAUGGUUCAAGUGUGUUGUACAGCCACUGAGCUGCAGUAUGUGUUGCUACUGAAAAACUUGUUUGUUUAAAUUAAAUUCAAGGUAUUUUGCCAGGAGGAAAGGAGGGGAGACUCUGGAUUUUGGCUUUUGCUUUGUUUGUGGGUGAUUUGGUUGGGGAGGAAUGGUAUGACUCUGCUUUGGGAUGGAAUUACUGGUUAAA